CUGUCCCGUCAUCAUCACCAGCACAGCCAGUGGGGCCACAGUAGGGGUCGAGAAGACACCAUGGAUACGGGACGAAGCUGCAGGGGCAUCAACGUCAUCAAAGUCGUUGGAGAUGUCGUAAUAACAUUGCUCAUGUUACUAUUUGUCGGGGUUCUUGAGAAGUAUGGUGUUCCGUUCCGGCAGGGAUUCUUCUGUGACGAUGACACUAUCAAGUACCCGUACAAGCAAAGCACCAUAUCAGUCACGCUGUUGAUGAUGGUGUCGCUAGGUGUACCUCUAGUAGUGAUGGUAGUUUGGGACGCUCUCUUCAAAGUUUACAAACUGCGCGGAGCCAUUACCUGUCAUGCCGUGUUGAGAGGCGUCUUUGACGUCGCUCUCGUCUUCCUGUUUGGUGGUGCUCUCACCUUUGCCGUCACCGACAUCGGGAAGUACAGCAUCGGGCGUCUCAGACCGCACUUUAUUUUCGUAUGUCAUCCCGACCUGAUCACCGCCUGCGCGGAGGGAUACAUCCAGAAUUAUACUUGUGAAGGGUCCGACAAACAGGCAAUAUCAGAAGCAAGACUGUCUUUCCCAUCGGGACAUUCAUCGAUUUCUUUCUUUGGGAUGACAUAUUUUGCGGUGUUUCUGUAUGCCCGACUGCCAAAGUCCAGCCCUCGUCUCCUCAAACCGUUUGCCAUGGCUCUGGUGCUGAGCGUGGCGUUCUACAUCUCCCUGUCACGUGUCUUUGACUACUGGCACCAUCCUGGUGACGUCAUAUUUGGCUCUCUUCUUGGAGCGUCUAUUGGUGUGACUAUGAGUAUAUUCGUUGCGAGGCUGCCAUCAACACCUGAAAAGCCCGAAGCCGAUGACACAAGCCGCCGCAAAAUUGUAAACUUUGCAUAAAGAACGAAACCGUUACGACCAUGAAUUUGUCAGGGAAACUGGAAAUUCAACAAUGAAUAAUAUAAAUAAGUAUGAAUUUGAAAUAUACCAAGUAUUUCAAAUUCACCGAAAGUAUUAAAUAUUUAACAUUUUGUAAUAAUAUACAAAUGGGCAAAUGAAUUCUUUUUCUAUAAUAAAAACGUGAGAAGGUG